UCGUGCGCUCGUCGUGGUGAGGUGUUACUUGCACAGUCUCCUACAGUGCUGUAUCAGUGCCCUGCGGUGUUGUUUCAUUUGACUCACGUUGUGUAAUUAGCCUUAUUAAAGAUGCAGAAUCUAUUGAGAGUGGUGGGUCCUCUGAAAGAAUGCAUCCGCACCAGCUCGAGAAGUCUUAAUACUGCGCAGCGGAUUUGCGGAACGCAUUUUGACCGCGUCGUGCCCGCUCGGCAGGGAUUCAAAAGUCGACAUAUUGGACCCAAUGAAGCCCAGAAGCAACAAAUGCUUCAAGUAGUUGGGUGCAAGGAUUUGGACACACUUACCCAGAAUGCGCUCCCACAAGGUAUUGCGUUGGGAAGGGACCUUAACCUGACAGAACCAUUAGAUGAAUACCAGCUGAUGGAAAGAGUGCAGGAGUUGGCAAAGCAAAACAAAGUUUGGCGCUCAUUCAUUGGCAUGGGAUACUACAAUUGCCAUGUUCCUCACCCUAUUCUACGAAAUCUAUUUGAAAACCCAGGAUGGUAUACCCAAUAUACUCCAUACCAGCCAGAAAUUGCUCAAGGACGUUUGCAGAGCUUGUUCAAUUACCAGACUAUGAUUGCAGAUAUGACAGGCCUGGAUGUGGCUAAUGCUUCACUCCUCGACGAAGGCACAGCGGCAGCUGAGGCCCUCGCCAUGUGUAGCCGAUCUAACAAGAGAAAAGUAUUUCUAGUCUCGGAUAAACUCCAUCCACAGACAACUGCCUGCGUUGAGACACGUUGUUCUGCCAUGGGUUUAAAAGUCAAAAUCGUCGAUUUCAGCACCGUGACUGAAGUUGAAAAAGAUAUUUCGGCCGUUCUUUUCCAGUAUCCCGAUACUCAUGGCUCGGUUCAAAAUUUUCAAAACCUCAUCGACAAGACCCACGCCGCCGGGGCCCUGGUUUGCUGUGCUACAGAUCUAAUGGCACUCACAAUGAUGAAAUCGCCAGGAGAAAUUGGUGCCGAUGUCGCUGUGGGCAACAGCCAGCGCUUUGGUGUUCCUCUCGGUUACGGAGGCCCGCAUGCGGCCUUCUUUGCCUGCAAAAACAACCUGGUUCGAAUUAUGCCCGGCCGAAUGGUGGGCGUCUCGAGAGACGUCGAUGGUAAAGACGCUUACCGCCUAGCUCUGCAGACACGCGAGCAACACAUUCGCCGUGAUAAAGCCACUAGCAACAUUUGUACAGCUCAAGCUUUACUUGCCAACAUGGCUGCCAUGUACGCAGUUUACCAUGGGCCUGUCGGCUUGCAAAAGAUUGCUCAACGAAUUCAUCACUCAACUGUUGUCUGUGCCAAAGGUUUGGAGUCUGGCGGUCACGUAGUGCGGAAUAGCCAAUUCUUUGAUACGCUCAAAAUUCAACCGUCUUUACCCGUCCAAGAUAUUAAAGCACGUGCAGAGGCGCAAGAGAUCAAUUUGCGCUAUUUCCCCGAUGGAGAUAUUGGUAUCUCCAUUGACGAAACUGUUCGCGAGAAAGAUAUUAAUGAUAUUUUCGCCAUUUUUAAUGUCGAUGUAACAGCCGAACAAGUGUCUCAGCGACCAGAUAUUCUUUCGUCCAGUUUGGAACAGUCCGAAUGGAAGAGGACCAGCUCUUACUUGACUCAGCCCGUCUUCAACUCACAUCACUCAGAGACGCAGAUUAUGCGCUACAUGAAAUCCCUGGAAAACAAAGACAUUUCAUUAGUUCAUUCUAUGAUUGCUUUGGGUUCUUGCACGAUGAAAUUAAACAGUGCCACUGAAAUGUUGCCGUCCAGUAUGCCUGAAUUUGGCAACAUCCAUCCAUUCGCCCCCGUCAGCCAGGUCGGCGGUUAUCAUCAAAUGUUUAAAGAGUUGGAAGCUGAUUUGUGCGAUAUCACAGGCUACGAUAACAUUUCCUUCCAGUCAAACAGUGGAGCUCAGGGAGAGUAUUCAGGACUGCGCGCUAUUAAGGCGUACCUGGAUUCCAUCGAUCAAAAACAGCGAAACGUCUGCCUGAUUCCCGUGUCGGCCCAUGGAACAAAUCCAGCUUCGGCUCAAAUGGCCGGAUUCAUGGUCGAACCCAUUAAUACGGAUAAGGCUGGUAGCAUUGACUUGGCUCAACUGAAAGCAAAGGCCGAAAAGUACAAAGACAGGUUGGCCUGCUUGAUGAUCACAUACCCGUCGACCUAUGGUGUAUUCGAGGAAAAAAUAGUUGAAAUUUGUGACGUCAUUCAUCAACGAGGUGGUCAAGUUUACAUGGACGGUGCCAAUAUGAACGCCCAGGUAGCCCUUUGCCGACCCGGCGACUUUGGCUCGGAUGUCUCUCACUUGAACCUUCACAAGACGUUUUGCAUUCCGCACGGUGGUGGCGGACCUGGAAUGGGACCCAUCGGAGUGAAGAAACAUUUGGCACCUUUCUUGCCAACACAUCCAGUAAUAGAUCCUCUUAAUGGACAGUCUUCCCAAUCGUUUGGUGUUGUCAGUGCAGCUCCGUUUGGUUCUCCCCUCAUUCUGCCCAUCUCUUGGUCUUACAUUAAGAUGAUGGGUGCCCGAGGUUUGAAAGAAGCUACCCAAGUUGCCAUCCUUUCGGCCAACUACAUGAGCCGCAUUUUGGAGCCCCACUACAAGAUCUUGUUUACCAAUCAAAGUGGUUGGGUGGCCCACGAAUUCAUUAUUGACGUCAAGGAUUUCAAACGAACUGCCAACAUCGAAGCCGUCGAUAUUGCCAAGCGUCUAAUGGACUAUGGUUUCCAUGCUCCAACGAUGAGUUUCCCAGUUGCAGGAUCGCUGAUGAUUGAACCAACUGAAUCAGAAGACAAGGACGAGAUGGACAGACUUUGCGAAGCGCUGAUCCGCAUCCGGCACGAGAUCCACCAAAUUGAAAAGGGCAUAAUGGAUCCAGUGCGCAAUCCUCUUAAAAUGAGCCCACACACACAGGAGCAGAUCAUCAACAGCACAUGGGAUCGACCCUAUUCCCGGGAACUGGCUGCCUUCCCUGCGCCUUUUGUGCGUCCCGAAACGAAAAUGUGGCCGAGAGUUGGACGUAUCGACGAUAUUUACGGCGAUCGUAAUCUGGUCUGCACCUGUCCGCCAAUGGAAUCGUACACGAACAAAGAUUCAGACAGUCUAGAUGGAGUUGCUGCUGCUCGAGCGUAAAAGUGGGAAUGGGCUAAUUGCUGUAGAUUCUCAUUCCAAAUUGUUGUGCCUUAUAUUCCGAUCAUCCCGUCAUUCUCCAUCUUUAAGUUUUAAUAUUAUUUUCCGUUUCGUUCAUUCGCCAACAAACCGGCAAUAGAAAGUUUUAAUCGCCAAUCAGAACAUACUACACCAUGUUUAAGUUUACAGAGCAAAAAUACAAAUUCAUGAAGGCAUAUUGCGAGUCUCUCCGUGAUUUUUCAAAUGACCUUGUGCUGCGUCUGCUACGUCGUCUGAAAAAAGGGGAACGACUUUGAAAAAAUGGAACAGGAUCUACGGAAUCACGUGACAUUUAGUAGGUUCUUAUUUUCCAGCGCGAGCUAUUCGAAAGUUGCCCGAUAUAUUUCCCUUGGAAAAACGGUAAAGGUUAGUAACCUAAUAUGUAGAAAGUGAACAUGUUUUUGUUUCGUCUUGUCUAUGGAUGCGAAACACAGAGGGACGUGUGUCCUUCAGAUUUUCCCAUAAUUGUCCAUCGCGCUUUAUUGCUCCCGCGUGCAAGGCUUGGCGCUAUGUAUAAAACCCUAAUGCUCCGAUUUCAAUGUAUCAUUCGCCGACAUCCUUGCGCUCUGAAUACAGUUACCGGAACGUUUCUGCUACCUACCAACGAUGAAACUAGUGCUGGUGAUCGUUUUGGUUUCUUUGCUGGCUCUGUCUGGAAGCAGAGCAUCUCCUCUACCGCAGGGUCGGCAGCAGGGGAUGACGACCAACAACAAUGCACAAAAACAAUCUAAUUCGCAAUUAACGUCUCAAGUACAAAAUACAAACCAGGGAUUGGCCGCUGCUCUUUUCUCGUCUACUUUUGCGAGCGCACAGCAAGUGUUCCAGGCAGUCAGUAGACAACUCCAGGGAUGGUCUCGACUUUAAAAAUAUUCUGGGAAUCAUAAUGUAACAAAUUAUUAUAUUAUUGCGUGUAGUAUUUCCUGCUUGCACGUUCAACAGACAGAUGAAACAAAUUAUUUAUAAUUUAAACAGAAAAUGUGGUGUACUAUUUUUUAUCACAUCUCUAUUUAUGUAUCCAGUGUCUGAAUACAUUUAUUUAAAUGAA